CCCAUCAUCCAUCAUCCACCCCUGCAGUCCGGACGAGUUGUAUCCAUGUCGUCGUGGGUCAAACGUGAGAAAGAGCUUCACCGCGAGAUUCUCGGCUUUUCCAUCUCACACGAUCACCGAUCGGUUCGGAUUUAUUGCCAUUACCCAGUGACUGAGGGCAAAAAGACCACGUUCUACCGUCAUCCUAUUCAUGAAUUCAGCUUUGCGGCACCGGAUGGCAAAGAGAAAUGGACGGCCUAUAAGUUCACUAAAAGUGUCUAUGAUAUCUGGAUGCCUACUCACUUCAAAAGACUUUGCUCGGCAAUCGAUGCCAUACCACCCGAUAUAAAUUUUGAACUCUCGGAAGAAUCCGAUCUGCAAUUCCCCUCAUCAUCUGGGCGUUCACAAGGCCUUCAAAGUCAACACCUCUCGGAGUCAGGAGCCACAGACGACGAGUUGAGCCUCAUCGAGGCUCAGGAAGUGACACCAGACACCUCUAUUACACCGGAAUCAAAGCUGGUAGGCUUCAAGAAACCAAAAAGAAGAUGAGACUUAAGGUUGGUAUUCCUGGAUACCCGCAAGUGAGUGAACGAAAAAAACACCAGCACAGCUGGACAUUAUCUGCUGGGAUCCUGCAUCACAAAGAUUAUUAUAGGAUAGUAGAGAAGUAAUGGUGGAAAGCUCCACUUUAACGGGUAACGAGAAGCAUAGCAACUCGGUCUCUAGAUGUAGGCAUACGAUACAGGACUAUGAUAGCAUCACGGACCCUGGACAGAGCCAUAUUACUGCCUUAGGAACAGUGU